UUUUCUCAGCGAGUCGUAGUGUGCGUAUAGAACGCGCAUUGAGGUCCUCUAGGUCCGUAUCGCGUUUUUACUCUCGUUUACUUUCCUACCUCACUGUUUGGUAUUUUUUUUCCUACUUGAAAGCGAGACUAAACUGCAAAACCACAGCAGCGAGUCUAGUUCAGCGAACAGCCAUCGUGCAUCGGGUAGAAAUCGUCAAAGGAUUACGGUACAAGAUUGUGAAACUAAGCAACAGCAGCAGAUUGCUGCGAUACGGUGAUUUUCCAUAGGAGCUAGAAGAUUGGAUUUCCGAAAAAUUGUAAGAAGCAAAUCGACUACACAGAUCAAUCUGGAAUAGCAUUUGAAGCUUGUGGAGGGCUCUCGGGUUUGGAUGCUAUAGGAAAAUAUUCGAUCGUGGCGUGCAGAAAAUGGAUUGUCCCCAUAUAGGUGAUAAUGUGGUACUACGAAAGGACGCAGUUAAAAAUUUGAAGCAAACAUUGUGCGGAAGUCUUCAAUCGGUUUCUGCUGGUGUAUCAGGAGCUGGAACACCUCUAGCAAUUUCUCCAGCAGCGAUAUCGAAAUUAUGGAAAUGUGCAGAAUGCGCGGGCAAGGACAACUGGCUAUGUUUGCAGUGUGGGUCAGUGCGUUGCGGCCGAUACGAAAGUGGGCACGCGUUGAAACAUUCAUCCAAACAAAACCACAAUAUUUGUAUUAAUACAGUCAAUCAGACGGUUUACUGCUACAAAUGCGACGAGUACGUGGUAAACGACACUAUCGACAAUGUGAUCGAAGAAAUUCGACAGGAGUUGAAGGAUGGCGACGGAGAUACCGUGUCGGAGACGUCCUCCACGAUGGAGGAGAUCAGUUCGUCCAAAUCAACGCAGGAAACGGCCAGCAGUACAUCAUCCUCGAGUGAUUCAGGCUGGGAAGAACCACUGACAUCGUCGGUGACAUCUUCGAUAUCAUCAUCAACAUCAUCCUCAGGCGCUCGGAAAUUGCGGCCGCGCAAACGAACAAUUUCCAGUGACAGUAACAACGAAAAUGGGACGGCCACGGCCAAGCGAAAGUCAGUGCGACGUGUCGUUGGGCUGCGGAAUCUCGGCAACACAUGCUUCAUGAAUUCAGUAUUACAAUCGCUGAGCAACAUCCAGGAGUUUAGCUGCUAUUUCAAUGCAAUGCCCUCGCUGGACACGGGUAAGCACAAGCAGAAGGUGUAUCACUCGCGCAGCAUGAAGGAAAAUUUAGAUGAUGUGUUCGUGGUGGAAGAACUGAGAAAGGUUUUAUUAAAUCUUAGUCAAGGAGGCGAUGGCUCGAAAGGUGCCAUUUCACCGGAAUGCUUGUUCCUAGUAAUUUGGAAAGUGGUCCCCCAGUUCAGAGGUCAUCGACAGCACGAUGCACACGAGUUCUUGCGCUACAUGCUGGAUCGAUUACAUACCGAGCUGCAGCAAGUCUCGCUUCCGGUGGACAUUUCCAGUUCGUCCACGCAGAGGUCGGGAGAGACAAAAACUAAUCCCUACAACAUACCUGCGUUGAGUCACCUGCACACCAAAGGGCGGAACUCGAUCGUGACGAACGUCUUUGGGGGUGUUCUCCAGAGUGAGGUACGCUGUCUCAUUUGUGGUAUGGAAAGCAAAAAGCAUGACCCAUUCCUUGAUCUAUCGCUGGACAUUCCGGAAAAAUUUUACAACAAGGAACCACCCGAAGGUAGCGAGAAAGACAAAGACACAAAUGCACCGGUUUGUCACAUUUCCGAUUGUUUAUCUAGUUUUACGGAGGUGGAAGAACUUGCUGAAACGGAACUGUAUUAUUGUAACUCGUGCAAAUGUAAGCAGAAAUCCACAAAACGAUUCUGGAUUCGGAGAUUACCGAACGUGCUAUGCUUACACAUAAAACGUUUCCGAUGGAAUAAUUUCUACAGAACCAAAAUUGAUCUAAGGAUAUCGUUUCCCAUUAACGCGCUGGACAUGUCACAAUUCGUGCUGAAUAACGGACCGGAGACCAGACGAUCGAAUUCCAGCUGUAAUGUUUACGACCUGGCGGCAGUUAUUGUUCAUCACGGAAAUGGCUCCAGCUGUGGUCACUACACCUCGUUUGCGAUCAACAACGGUGUUUGGAUGCACUUCAACGAUCACACAGUGAAGGAGGUGAGCAGUGCGGCGGUGGCCGAGUGCAAACCGUACAUUCUGUUCUACAUCAAGCGAGAUCCGACCAACUCUAGCCGGCUAUUCUCUAGUGGUGGAUCCGCUGCGACCGCGUCCUGAGAUUAAGUUUUUCUUCUUUCAAGACUGAUUAUUCUAGUAUAGCAAGUGCAUGCUGCUGCAUACAAAACAAACACUGCACACAGCAGAAACCUGGUUCUUAAAUCUAUUAGUGAGUUCGAUAUUUGAGAGUAAAACCAACAGCAAACAGAUCUUGAACUGAGGGGAUCAGAUGAAAAAUUAGCGGAAAAUCAUAUGUACGAAGCUGCAACCCAUUGGAAAUACUUGAGCUUAUUCUGUCCUAAAUUGCCUUCUCGUUGAUGGAUCCCAAUACAAGUUUAAAUGUGAUAAUUUAAAGCAUUUUAGUACCCUACUUUCUUUUACCAAAACUGUAAUACUUACGUCGGACCAGUCCACCAUAAGUUCGGAUGAUGUCUUCACACCCGUACAUUUUUUCGCGAGGAAGGUAUUUGUCUGGUCCUGGCAUGUUCUUUAGCGUUAUACAUAUUUCAAGAGUUCAGAGAUUCUCAAAGAGGCCGCUGCGUUUUUGUGAUUUUUAAUUUUAGGCGUAGACUAUUUGUACUAGUUUAUUUGUAGGUAGUGUUUCCCACCCACACAGGUCUUUAAUUUUUUGCUGGCCGCAUGCAAUAUUUCGUUCAAGCCGAGUAUGAGAGGGGAGCGGAUGGUUCUACAAUCAUCCAAUCAGCAUUAUACAUUGAAAUGUUCCCGUAAGCGUAUCUCAUCUAGGGUGAUCUUAGCGAUUCAAUGCAAGAUGCUGGCGAAAAAAUUGCGUUUUAGCUUCAUUGUGUUUUUGGGCAACAAGAGCAGGAAGUAACAGUUCAUCUUAGAGAAAACAAAACUACUGGUAAUGCAGAAUAUCACUACACAAAUACAAAAAAAUAAAUAAAACAAAUAAAACCUAUACGAUGGUUGAGCAACAGAGUACGAAAGAUUUAAUUAUAUUAUAAUAAUUGAUAUAUUAAGAAGUAAUUUCUUUAGCUAUCGAUAUAAAAGAAUAUCAAGAUAUAGAA